AUGUCAAAUGAAUACCUUACAUGGAUAGAAAAAUCAAUUGCCAAAGAAUAUUUGAAUUAUUAUAAAUAUUCAGACUUCAAAAAGAUACAACCAAUAGGAAGUGGUAAUUUUGGAAACGUUUAUCGUAUUAAUUGGAAAGAUACUGAUUCCAUAUUUGCUUUGAAGUUGUUAGAUGAUAAUAAGUUAAUGGUUAAAGAGAUUGUCAAUGAG